ACAUUUGCUUCAGCGCUUGUCAAAUUUUAGCAUUAGUAAAGGAAAAUUUUAUGUAAUAAUAUAAUUCUUAUUUAUUUGUCACAUUAAAUAUGUCCUUAGUGCGUCAAAUUUUCGCAAAAGCACCCCGUGGUGUUCACUGGGCAAAAACAAUCAGCAACACUACGCGCUGCAAGUCGUCCGUGGGCACACGCGAUGCGCCACCAAUCGAUGUGUCGCAAGUUAUCGCACAACCUGAAGAAUUGGAGAGGAAACAGAAACUUAGCGGCGCAAUCACAGUGCCCACCAAGGUCGAUCUUAGCCCCAUAAGUGGUGUACCAGAGGAACAUGUCAAAGAACGUCGUGUACGCAUACACUUGCCACCCAAAAAUACUAUGCAAAGUGGCACCGAUAAUUUACACCAUUGGGUGAUUGAGUUCGACAACCGUGAACGAUGGGAAAAUCCAUUAAUGGGUUGGACCUCAACAGGCGAUCCACUGUCUAAUCUGGAAGUAAGCUUUGGUUCAAAGGAAGAAGCAAUCGAACACUGCGAACGUAAUGGAUGGCGUUGGUUUGUGGACGGUGAUGAUAAACCAAAAGUGGAACGUGUCAAAAAUUACGGUUUGAACUUCCAUUGGAAUAGACGCACUCGCACAUCCACGAAAUGAGCACUGCAUAGAGAAUAAGUGCCGAAACGUUUUUGUUGCAAUUUUAAAAUUAUAAAAGGAUUACUAAGGCACAUCAUGAUAAAUACAGCAUAUGUGUGAACUCAA